CGCCACCGCGCCCCCCCUAAUCCACAACCAAUAGUGUGAUUAACAGAUAGAAUAUCAAAAUCAACUUUAUUGUCAUUCCACCUAGAGGAGUAGAAUAUUGCAUUUAAUUCUUGGUAUAUUUCCUGAAAAAAGUUUUAUAUAUUUUAUUAAUUGAAGAGCAGUGCGUUUCUCAUAUAUGGCACGGCUCACCGAUGCGGGCGCUGCUGGCGGUUACCAGAGAAACCACGAGACGAGACCCUUAGAUCGACUCGUUUGAUCCUAGCACUUCACUACAACGUCGCCUGGACUAGUCUAUACUUUCGGGUCGCCGGUUCAACACUUGAAAAGUACGAUUUGUGAUCGCUGCAAUUCAUUCAGACCCCUUCGGUGUUGCUGGGACUGUUUACAGAGGCACGUCUCAGUGCACUUACACGUGUGGCGCGUGCUCGGGAGAUCGCAGCGGCGAAGCAACGUGAAUCCAAUCCCACGCGUGUCUUUCCUUAAUCAACGUGCUUUAGCCGGACAGUGAGUGACGUGACAAUGUGCUGCUGUAGCCGAGCUCGGCCUCGACGCAGGUGGGCUACUGCUACUAGCCCCUCAUACCUCUUUGUCUAAGUGACAAGAGUGAAGAAUAACGGGGAAUAAUGAGAAUAAUUCUUCGAUGCAUAAACGGAUGCGCACUGUGUGUAUGUUCGUUGUUAGCAGUGAGAAAGUGUGUGUUGAAGCUGCAUGUGCUGUUCGAACUCGAUCAUCGAGCCCCACGCGAGAGUCGCCUGUAGACUGUAGUCAAGCCAAAAUUCACUGAUCGUUCGGGUACGAUUAAACUUUGAUUUCUCAGUGUUCAGGUAUAAACCCCCGAGUUUAGUGUGCAGUUAUAAACCGCCGAUAUAAUAAUAUUAAUAUAUAUAAUAUAAGCCCACAUUCCACCAGUGGUCUCCCGAAACAAAAGCCCUUGGCUUUCACCCCUAAUUCCCCGUGUCAAGAACAAAAAAGGGUGAAAUCGCGCAGUUUGCAGGUACAAACCGUUAUAGUUAUAAGCCCGAAAGCAUUCGAGUGUCCAGGUAGAAAACCCGAGGUUCGACCCCCUCGUGCGUGUGUGUGCGCGCGCGCACUGGCUCACUGUGCGGGUAGAAAAGGCCGGUUUAGGAGGGCGCUGUACGUGGACACAGUCGCGGCGGUGUCCACGCGCAGUCCCAAGGCUGGAGUCUCGCUCGAGCUGUGGCUCGUGAGCGCUAAUUGCGCCACCGUUACAGCCUGGGACAGGAGCGCGCGCCGCUCGCCCCCCCGCCUUCUCGCUUCUCGCGAAGCCUCACUGCGCUCUGACGCGCCCUGUCUCCCCUUCCACGUCGCCAGUAAGUAAUAAUAAUGCCCGCAAGUAUGAUGUGUUUGGUUUUAAUUAUUAAUCAGCUAUAGUUUACCAUGCUCGCGGUUGCCUCUGAAUUCUGCCCCCGCAAUGCCGUUGAUUGCAACAGCAGCACGAACGUCGCGUUUCUCUUCAAAUAGCAGGUAAAAGAGCCGUUAGGACACUGUGUUGGAGUUCGAUUAAGGAACCGACAAUGAAUGUACGGAUCUCGGCUCUUAAGUGCAGCGGAAAAGCCCUGCGUUAGCGCUCCGAUCUGGGCGUGUGUGUGUGUGUGUGUGAGAGAGAGAGAGACUGAGAGACAGUCAUCUUUGGCUGCUUCGCGGAAGGCAGGAGGAGCAUGCCGUGUAACGCUUCUCAGGAGUCAAUGUGACCGUCCGCCCGCCUCCUCCAACUCCUCCGAGCCGCAAUGACACCUUUCCAAAGACUGCGGCUCUUUCAGGUGUGUGAAAGAAACACUGUCCUCGCACUUUGACCUUGAAAACACUCUUGGAAAAGCAAGCUGACAGACACUGCUGGAAGUCCCUUGAAACUAUGAGGUAUUGUGAGAAGGAGAGUUGCACCGGAUGACCGUGCCCAAGGAUAUGGCUGAGAAAUGGCUGUGGAUGUUGGUGCCAUGGAGAGGACGCCGGAACCCUCGCAACAAGAACCCCGGUCAAGAAGAGGAGCGCCGUGUGAAAGCUAGUGACCGUGAUUACAAUGAGAAGUUUCCAUACGCUGAUAAUCGCAUCAGAACAUCGAAGUACAACAUUUUCACAUUCCUGCCUAUUAACCUCUUUGAACAGUUCCAGCGUGUUGCUAAUGCUUACUUCUUAUUCCUGCUUAUAUUACAGCUGAUUCCCCAAAUCUCCUCUCUGUCCUGGUUCACCACCAUUGUGCCUUUGGUGUUAGUGCUGACCAUCACAGCUGUUAAGGAUGCCACAGAUGAUUAUUUUCGCCAUAAAAGUGAUCAACAAGUCAACAGUCGCCAGUCUCAGGUACUCAUCAAUGGAAAGCUGCAGAAUGAAAAGUGGAUGAACGUCCGUGUAGGAGACAUCAUUAAACUGGAGAAUAAUCAGUUUGUUGCUGCUGACCUCCUUCUCCUGUCCAGCAGUGAGCCCUAUGGACUCUGUUACGUUGAGACUGCUGAGCUGGAUGGGGAGACUAACUUGAAAGUGCGUCAAGCUUUAACAGUGACUUCAGAGCUGGGAAUGGAUAUGAGCAAGUUGGCUGAUUUUGAUGGGGAGGUUGUGUGCGAGCCGCCCAACAACAAGCUUGACCGCUUUGUGGGCACUCUGUACUGGAAAGACAGCAGGUAUCCUUUGGACAAUGAGAAGCUGCUGCUACGGGGCUGUGUGCUCAGGAACACUGAGUGGUGCUUCGGAAUGGUUAUUUUUGCAGGGCCACAAACUAAGCUAAUGCAGAAUUGUGGGCGGACAGCGUUUAAAAGAACCAGCAUCGAAAGACUGAUGAACACUUUAGUUUUGUGGAUCUUUGGCUUUCUCCUGUGCAUGGGGAUUAUCCUUGCCAUUGGAAACUCCAUCUGGGAGGAGAAGGUGGGCAAGAACUUCCGGGAUUACCUGGUUUGGGAAGAUGUGCUGAGCAAUUCUGUCUUCUCUGGAUUUCUGACCUUCUGGUCUUACAUUAUCAUCCUCAACACAGUUGUCCCUAUUUCUCUUUAUGUCAGUGUGGAGGUUAUCCGCCUCGGCCACAGCUAUUUCAUCAACUGGGACAGGAAGAUGUACUAUGGCCAGAGGGACAUGCCGGCAGAGGCUCGCACUACUACAUUGAAUGAGGAGUUGGGUCAAGUGGAAUACAUAUUCUCUGACAAGACUGGCACCCUUACCCAAAACAUCAUGGUCUUCAACAAGUGCUCCAUCAAUGGAAAGACCUAUGGUGAUGUUUAUGAUGAAUUUGGGCACAAGGUGGAAAUCUCAGAGAAAACUCCAUGUGUGGACUUCUCCUUCAAUCCCCUAAGAGACAAGAAGUUCCACUUCUAUGACCACAGUCUAGUGGAGGCCAUCAAGCUAGGAGACCCUAUGGUAGAGGAGUUCUUCAGGCUGCUGGCCCUCUGUCACACUGUUAUGUCUGAAGAGAAGAACGAAGGGGAGCUGGUGUAUCAGGCACAGUCACCAGAUGAGGGUGCGCUGGUCACUGCUGCGCGCAACUUUGGAUUUGUCUUCAGAGCUCGGACCCCGGAGACCAUAACUCUGUAUGAAAUGGGGAAGCAUGUCACUUACCAGCUUCUGGCCAUCUUGGACUUCAACAAUGUGCGCAAGAGAAUGAGCGUCAUUGUGAGAAACCCAGUGGGACAAAUCAAGCUCUACUCAAAGGGAGCAGAUACCAUUCUGUUUGACAGACUGGAUCCAACCAAUGAUGACCUCAUGUACACUACCUCAGAACAUCUCAAUGAAUUUGCUGGAGAGGGCCUGAGAACAUUAGCUCUUGCCUACAAGGACCUAGAUGAGGAGUACUUUGCAGAUUGGAUGAAAAGGCUUCAUAUAGCCAGCACCACACUAGAGAAUAGAGAGGAGCUCCUGGCCUCACUGUAUGAGGAAAUUGAGCAGGACAUGAUGUUGUUAGGAGCAACAGCCAUAGAAGACAAGCUGCAGGAAGGUGUGGCUGAGACCAUUGCUUGUUUAACUCUGUCCAGCAUUAAGAUCUGGGUUCUCACUGGAGACAAAUUAGAAACAGCCAUGAACAUUGGCUAUUCUUGUAACAUGUUGCGAGAUGACAUGAAUGAGGUUUUCAUCAUUACUGGCCACACAGUACUGGAGGUCCAACAGCAGCUCAGGAGAGCCAAGGAGCAGAUUCUGGGGUCAGGCCGAGAGACUGCCAACUGCAGUAAAGAUGCAGAGAAGACGGAGCAAUACAGGAAUGAUUCUGUGUUUGAAGAAACCAUUACUUCAGAAUAUGCAUUAAUCAUUAACGGCCACAGUUUGGCUCACGCCCUGGAGGCGGACCUGGAAUGCCUGCUGCUGGACACAGCCUGCCUGUGCAAGACGGUUGUCUGCUGCCGUGUCACACCCCUCCAGAAGGCUCAGGUGGUAGAGCUGGUGAAGAAGUAUAAGAGAGCUGUCACCCUGGCCAUAGGAGAUGGUGCCAAUGAUGUCAGCAUGAUUAAAACGGCUCAUAUUGGCGUGGGUAUUAGCGGACAAGAAGGCAUGCAGGCAGUACUGGCCUCUGACUACUCCUUCGCACAGUUCCGCUACCUGCAGCGCCUCCUGCUGGUUCACGGCCGAUGGUCCUACUACCGCAUGUGCCGUUUCCUUUGCUACUUUUUCUACAAGAACUUUGCGUUCACGCUGGUACAUUUCUGGUUUGGCUUCUUCUGCGGCUUUUCAGCACAGACCGUGUAUGACCAGUGGUUUAUCACCCUCUUCAAUAUAGUAUACACCUCUCUGCCAGUCCUUGCUAUGGGCCUGUUUGAUCAGGAUGUCAAUGAGCAGAACAGUCUUCGGCAGCCUAAACUGUAUGAGCCUGGACAGCUGAACCUGCUCUUUAACAAACGCCAGUUCUUCAUGUGCACACUGCAAGGCAUCUACACCUCCUGUGUACUCUUCUUCAUCCCGUAUGGAGCCUUUUCCAAUACUGUCAGGGACGAUGGCUCCCACAUUGCUGACCAGCAGUCGUUUGCUGUCACCAUAGCAACGUCCCUGAUAAUUGUUGUGAGCGUUCAGAUUGGACUUGACACAAAUUACUGGACUGCUGUGAAUCACUUCUAUAUAUGGGGGAGCCUUACUGUUUACUUUUCCAUAUUGUUUGCUAUGCACAGUGAUGGAAUUUUCAGGAUAUUUCCAAGCCACUUCCCUUUCAUUGGCACUGCUCGGAACUCCCUGACCCAGACAAGUGUGUGGCUCGUCAUUCUCCUCACCGCGGUUAUAUGUGUCAUGCCAGUGGUGGCCAUCAGAUUCCUGCGGACAGAUCUCUAUCCAACUUUGUCAGACAAGGUGCGUCACAUGCAGCAGGCUAGCAGGAAGCAACGUCCGCAGGAGCAGAACCUGAAGCGCGUGCGUAGGACCAGCUCCCGCCGCUCGGCCUACGCUUUCUCCCACCAGGAGGGCUAUGGGGAGCUAAUCACAUCAGGGAAAAACAUGAAGGCAGCAAGAUUAUUCCCAGCUCCGCCCACGGGCAGAAUCCCAGGCAGCAGUAGCUGGAUCGAGAGCUUGCUGAAAAAGCGGACCGAGAUGGCCAGUGGCGCUGCAGUGGGGCCUUUAAACGGCAGCGCAGAGAGAAGCAAAUCAGAGAACACCCCAGUGCAGCAGCAGCACAUAGACUGAAGGACCACAUCAAACCCAGAAGUAGCACUCUGAUGGAGGGUGCAAUCCGAUCCAACGUUGAGCCACCUUAUAUAAUCACGUGUUAUCACCAACAAAUCUAUUUCUUCUGUGGAAUUGGAGGUACUGCACAGUAUCCUUCUGUCCUACUUAUGAAGUCACUAUCAGGAUAGAAAUGGAGUGAGAUAUCUUAUCGUACCUUGAACUGCUUGAAGGAGCUUUUCCUUCUGUGCUCGAUGAGGUUAGUGUCUGAAUGUUGAAAGAACACAUUGAGGCCAAAAGUACUUACCAUUAAAUGGCUUGGAUAUAACUUAUUAGGUCACUGAUACUGAUGGAAAGUCUGUUGCUUUAAGACCACUCUUGGUAGUAGCAUGUAUAUUGCAUCCAAAGUACUGUAUAUAAUAAACAAAGACACAAAAUCUUUGUACACACAAUAGAUACAGAAAAGAUACACACAAAAUUGCUAAUCAGUCAUGUUGUAACCAGACCGAGUUACAGUAAGAAUUAAUUUAUAAUCAUAAGAUAUGAUUUAAGGAGAGCCUUCAUUACAAUUAACACUGUUCAGAAGAUUGCCUUUGCAGAAUUUUUAUGUUGAACGAUACACUAUUUUCUCUGCUGCUGCAGAUAGCCUGUGCAUUUUUGUGUUGGAAGCAUAUUUUUAUUUAAUUUAAAUAUUCUGUUGUUUUGUUGCCUGUUUCAUGAUAAAUGUACAAGUCAUCUGAAUGAUAUUGCAUACAUUAUGGUACAGUCACUAUAAAAUUAAGUUCUGAGAACCUCUUGGAGAGGAGAUUUUCAGUCUUUAAAAUUGCUGAAAGGCUGAUAUUUGCUGAACAUUGCCCUGUAUGAAGUGGGAGGGUGUGGUGGCACAGCAGGCUUGGCUGGGGUCUGCUCUCUGGUGGGUCGGGGGUUCGAGUCCUGGUUGGGGUGCCUUGCAGC